UUCUUCCUUCUUCCCCUCAAAGGCACCACCACACCACAAAAAAAGAGAAAAGGUUAACAAGUAGGCCGUUUUCUUUGAUCUCCAUCCAUUUAUAAAAGAAAGAAAGGAUUAUUUUUUGAAGAUUUCGGGUUUUAAUUAAUCGUCGAGGAGGCGAAUAAAAGAGAGAGAGAGACAGAGAGGGAGAUGGGUCGGAUUCCAUGCUGUGAGAAGGAGAAUGUGAAGAGAGGGCAAUGGACUCCGGAGGAAGACAACAAGCUGGCUUCUUACAUCGCCCAACACGGCACUCGUAACUGGCGUCUCAUCCCCAAGAACGCCGGUCUCCAGAGAUGCGGGAAGAGUUGCAGGCUGCGCUGGACGAAUUAUCUGCGUCCGGAUCUGAAACACGGCCAGUUUUCGGAAGCAGAAGAGCAUACCAUCGUCAAGUACCACUCCGUUCUCGGAAACAGGUGGUCGCUGAUCGCAGCGCAGCUUCCCGGAAGGACGGACAAUGACGUGAAGAACUACUGGAACACGAAACUGAAGAAGAAGCUGUCGGGAAUGGGGAUCGAUCCGGUGACCCACAAACCAUUCUCUCAUCUAAUGGCGGAGAUCACAACCACUUUGAACCCUCCUCAGGUAUCUCACCUGGCUGAAGCCGCCCUCGGCUGCUUCAAGGACGAAAUGCUUCACCUGCUCACCAAGAAACGCGUAGAUCUCAACCUCAUCAACUUCUCAAACCCUGACACUAACCCUAACCCUAGCCAUAAUGUUGCGUCAGCUAAGGUUAACGUCGUCGAGAACAACGAGAUGGGCAUGGAGGGUAAGGUAAAGGUAGACGCUUUAGAUCCGGGGAUGAAGCUGUGGGAUGAUGGAUCUGGCGAUUUCGGGAGAGUUUCGACGAAUGGGUUCUCGUACGGAUCGUCGUCGUCGUUCGUGAACGAGGAGCCGGUUUCUCCGGCGGGGACGUGGAGGAGCCACGGCGGAGGAGCGGGGCCGAAGAUGGAGGAAGAUCAGAUGAUGAUGAUGAGGAACAAUGUGUUCAACGUGGACAGUGUCUUGUGGGAUUUACAGGCUGAUGAUCUCAUCAAUCAUAUGGUCUGAUUUUCUCCGGAGAUCUUGGAACUAGCUUCUAUGAUUAUAUAUAUAUAUAUGAUCAUGAUGAGGUUGUUCCUUGGGGAAUUAUACGAGGUUGUUAGAAAAAUAAAAUAAAAUAUUUAUGUGUGUGGUUGGUUGGUGAUCUGAAAACUGAAAA